UAAAAAAAAGUUGAUUUCAUUUCUUUUUUACCUUUUCAAUUAAUAAUAUGUGUAAUAUUCAAUUUUUCUUCAUUAUAAUAGCGAAAUGGAACUAAAAGAUAAAUUUUAUCUUUUAUUCCACUUCCACAGACAAUUCCCGGACGGAUGUUUUAAUCUUAACAGUUGUCUGUCAGAAUAUUCUCUUCACUUUUAAUUAUGUCACUUCAAAUGCAAUUUGUAAAAUGCAUAUUAUGUGUUAUUCUAUAUAUUGCAGUUUGCUUCUUUUUAUUAAAAAUAAAACAUAGUUCCUAUUUAAUACAAUAUCCAGUUUCGUUAUUUUUAGUAAAGUACAAUCAAACAAAACAAGAAUAUUCUGUUUCUCAAUCAAAUAUAAAAUCAAUCAAUUUAGAGAUAGAACUUUUAGAACAUGAUGAAAUGAAAGGAGAAUCAAUUAAUUUACAGGAAAGUGCAACUAUAUUGCAACAAAUUUCGAAUGUAUGUAUGAAAUACAAUUUAAGAACUCCUUUAAUAAAAAGGCAUUUUUUAUAUAACUCUGAACAUAAGUCAAUGUAUUGUUGGAUUCGCAAAAUAGCUUCAACAAGUUUUACAAAAUUAUUUGCUGAUAUGAAAAAUCGUCCACCAACGCGAAAUUAUUAUAAAGAAGUUGAUUCUUUAACGGUGCGAUCAUUAAAGGAAUUGCAACUUUUAUCAAAUAAUACAAAAAUAUUUAAACUUCUUGUUGUACGACAUCCUUUUCAAAGGCUCGUAUCAUCAUAUAGAGAUCGAAUAGCAGAUAAUUCAAAAUAUACUGCACAAGCUUGGAUUUAUACAGAAAAAAUAUUUCGCCUUACAAGACCUGAAUUGUUCCAUUCGAAUAUAACAACUGGUAAUUUUCAACAAAAAGUAUUUACAUCUGAUAAAAGAUUAAAAAUAGUACCAACUUUUGAAGAAUUCUUGGUGUGGCUUUUACAAAGUUCUGAAAAAGAUGAUGUUCAUUGGACUCAAUAUUAUUCACAUUGUGCUGUGUGCAAUAUACGAUAUAAUUAUGUUUUAAAAUUGGAUGAUUAUACAUAUAGACAAAUUAAUUAUAUUUUCUCUAAAUUUGGUCUGGAUAAAAAUAAAGUAUAUUUUACUACAUUAGGAGAAACACAGGGUGGGCAUACGAAUUUUGACACUACAUGCAAAUAUUUCGCAAAUUUGACACAAGAUACAGUUUUAAAAUUACACGAAAAAUAUAAAAUUGAUCUUGAAAUGUACAAUUACAAUGUUAAUUACUACAUGAAUUGUGCAAAUAAAAAAUUUUAAACAUCUUAAUCAAAUAGAAAAAUAUAAUAUUUUA